UUUGAGUUUACCCAGAAACAACAAAUGCUAUUUUAUGAUUGGCUGCUAGUUGACUAUCUACUCUGAAUAUCUCGGGACAGUUAUGAACUUGGUGGUAAACUCCACUCCGUAUCGUGCAGCAAUUCUAUAUAACAGAACACCUUAGUGGGCGUUAUUCCUUACGUCUCAGCGUGAGAAAUACAAUGUGUGGUGUAUGAACAAGUUGAAAUACGUGUGUUUCACCGUCAAUGCGGACUUGAGAGUCAUACCUAAUGGAUCGUCCCCUUACCUUACGGCGGCCGAAAUGACCGAAGAAUAUAUAGGUGACGCCAGGAAGCUGUAGCUAGUGUUUCCGGGUUGGAGAGCGCCUCCAUGUUAAUGGCCUCAUUUGGCUGGAAACGGAAGGUGGGUGAGAAGGUCUCUAAGGCAGUAGUGCAGCAUUUUGAGGCAGAAUCUGAGGCAUCUGCUGACAAUACGGAUGGGGAUGAGGUGGACUGGCUCCAUGCGAUCAAACGCCGCCGGGAGGUGCUGCUAGAAGACUGUGCUACAAAGAGCCAGAGGCUGAAGGAGGAAGGGUCCCUGCUGGCAGAUGAAGGCAGGCACUGGGAGGCGAUUAAAAGAUGGGAGGAAGCGAUUCAGUUGACCCCAGAAGAUGCAACCCUGUAUGAAAUGAAGUCGCAGGUUUUAUCUCACCUGCAGGAGGUGUUCCCCGCGGUGAGUGCAGCUGAGAUGUCAGUGAAACUCCGCCCCCUUUGGUGGGAGGCAUGGCAGACCCUUGGCCGGGCUCAACUUAAUCUAGGAGAGGUUGACCUGGCAGUGAGAAGUUUCCAGGUUGCAAUUCACAUGUGUCCAGCUGAGCUCCCUCUAUGGACUGAGGACCUGGCGUGGGCUCAGCAGUUGCAGAAGCAGAGACGAGAGAUGGAGGAGAAGGUCAGGCAGCAGCAGGACACCAUGCAGCAACUGCUUGAAGUUCCCGAGCUCGUCCCUGACUAUGAUUUUGAGAGCGAUGAAGUAGUGGCUGCGUGUGCUGCCAUCGCCGAGAGACAGAAGAGAUACGACAGUCUGCAGAAAGCCGCAGUCAUUGUAGGUGCCAGUGGGACAGUGGAAACCCAACUGGACAGUGCAGACAUGCCACUGCCCUCUCAGGUGCAGUUUGUCAAAGCACGGGCGCUGUGACACAACUGGCUGUUGGCACAAGUUCCAUUCUUGGUUUUGCAUGGUAUUACUGUGGUGUUUUUUUAAUUUGGUCAUUUGUUAUUGUGAGAUGCUUCCAGAGCUAUUUUGAAAAAAAUCCCCAAAACCAUAUUUAUAUCUUCACUUGUCAUUUUGUUGUUUUCUGUGUGACUUGGAUGACUAUAAUGUCGGAGGAGUAUUUUUGACUAUUUGAACAAAAUAUGGAUCAGUUUGUAAAAUGAUUGGUUUAUGUGUUGUGUCCAGACUUUUGAAUAAAGUCGUUAGGGGUGAAAGGAGGAAGAAUGUGUAGGUUUUUUGUGUGUGUGAUCUGCUAGUUUAGUCCCUGUUUAGUCUGUGCAUAGGGUUUGUUCUUGCAGAUACUCUGGUCAUUUUAUUGGAAACUUGUUAUAUAUAGAUGCACAUUUAACAUCCUUAAGCCAACCUGUACAUACCUGCAUGGCUGCUGUUAUCAAUAAUACUAAAAUGUAGUAUUAGCCAAAGCAGUGUCAUACCUUGGACUUGAAACAAAAAUGGUGUGUCUGUAAAACCAAUUUAUUAAAAUGACAUGACUUCUGCAUA